UUCCAAAACGUGGUCGUUGUACACAGUCAAUUUUACCUUUCCAGACGGCGCAGAGGGCUGCUGGUAUGCUAACCAAAUCUCUGCCAGUGCAGGACGACGACGUAUCAGUUCAGGCUGAAAGGUCGCCAAAAUGUCUGAGAAGACACCCUUGUUGCACUACCGACUAUCUUCAAACGCAUCCGGCUCGGAGCGAUCGCUUGGAGUCACCGUUGAGAAUGCAUCGAGUGUACCUCGAGAGGCCCCAGAAAAGCCCCCCAAGAAGCUGUCAACUUUUUUCGGGGUCAUCAUACCAACAGUCUUGUCCAUGUUCAGCGUCGUUGUGUUUCUUCGAAUAGGGUUUGUGGUCGGACAUGCAGGACUCUACCAGUCCAUUUUGAUGUUCUUCAUAGCCUAUCUUAUUAUAACAAUGACCGUGCUUUCAGUGUGUGCUGUUUCAACUAAUGGUGCGUUGGAUGCAGGUGGGGCAUACUACAUGAUUAGCCGAGCAUUGGGACCGGAGUUUGGAGGCAGCAUUGGAAUCAUGUUCUUCUUUGCUAACGUUUGUGGGUGUGCUCUUUAUGUCCUUGGCCUGGUGGAAGCAAUUGCUGUGACAUUCGGUAUUUCUGAAGAAUCGACUGGUUUGACCCAUUCUGAAUCCUACCGGGUCCUUCCGGUUGGCUACUGGUGGUCUCUCCUGUAUGGCUCUGGCAUCCUGCUCAUAUGCCUCGUGGUGUGCAUGGUCGGGGCCCACAUCUAUGCCAAGGCCACCUUCCUCAUCUUCCUCAUUGUGAUGACUGUACUGGGCUCUAUAUUUGUCAGUUUCUUCGUUGUUGGGCCAAGGGUAGUUGUCUUGCCAGGUGCCUUUGCCAAUUCGACUCUGCCAUCGUGGGCCAACUAUACUGGCUUCAAACUGGACACCUUGCUGGGAAAUUUGUGGGCCAGCUACACAGUGGACUACACCACGGGCUCUGUGAUGACUUUUGCUAAGGUCUUUGCUGUCAUGUUCAAUGGGUGCACUGGCAUCAUGGCUGGGUCCAACAUGUCCGGUGACUUAAAGAACCCGAGCUAUUCCAUUCCACGUGGAACCCUGACUGCGGUCGUCUUCACCUUCAUCACCUAUAACCUGCUGGCAUGGCUCGUCUCAUGCACUUGUGACCAUAUGCUCCUGCAGAGGAACUACAGCUUUCUGAGAGAUAUUAACAUCUGGUGCCCCCUCGUUACUGUGGGUGUAUACUCAUCCACGCUUUCGGCAGCCAUGAGUAAUCUUAUUGGGGCUUCGAGGAUCCUUUUCGCUCUGUCAAGAGACAAUUUAUUUGGCGGCGUUCUAGCUCCAGCGAGUCGGGUGUCUGAAGGAGGAAAUCCAUGGGUCUCUGUCCUCAUCUCCUGGUCACUUGUGCAGGUGGUUCUGUUGUCAGGGAAAUUGAACACCAUUGCCAGCAUCGUCACCAUAUUCUUCCUAUUAGUGUAUGCUGCUGUUGAUCUGGCUUGUCUAGCGCUCGAAUGGGCAUCUGCUCCAAACUUUAGGCCAAGCUUUCAGUACUUCACCUGGCACACGUGUGCUCUGGGCAUCCUGGGCUGUCUGGUGAUGAUGUUCCUGAUCAGUGCCAUCUACGCCUCAGUCAGCAUUGCCUUCAUGCUGGUGCUGCUGCUCCUCAUCCACUACCUGUGCCCCACCAGCAGCUGGGGAUACAUCUCCCAGGCCCUCAUCUUUCAUCAGGUGCGCAAGUAUCUACUGAUGCUGGAUGUGCGUAAGGACCAUGUGAAGUUCUGGCGGCCUCAGGUGCUGCUCAUGGUGGCCAACCCACGGGGCAGUACGGGCCUCAUCACCUUCAUCAACGAUGUCAAGAAGAGCGGCCUCUAUGUGCUCGGCCAUGUACAGCUGGGAGAACUGGAGUUGCUGCCUGCCGAUCCGCUUCAGUCAUGCUACGACUCCUGGCUCUCACUGGUCGACCAUCUCAACAUCAAGGCCUUUGUCAGUCUCACUCUGGCGGACUCUGUUCGGCACGGGAUCCAGCACCUGCUGUUCAUCUCUGGUUUAGGGGGAAUGAGGCCUAAUAUCCUGGUACUUGGCUUUUACGAUGACUGCUGCCCGCAAGACAACCUGCAGGAUGGAGUCUUCACCACUGGCACACGGUCUUUGGACCGGUUUGGCCCUGCCAAAGCAGCAAAGACAAUCUUCCACUUCCCUGCAGUCCGAGCCGACCGAGCGGGCAGUGAAAGCGGAAGCGCUAAAGACCUGUCUGUGGAAGAGUAUGUGUACGUGAUUGCAGACGCCGUGAAGAUGCAGAAGAGUGUGGCCCUGGCACGAUAUUUCAGCUCUUUCAACCGAUCAGAGGUACUGGCCAAAGCAAAACCAGGCCACUCUGGUCUCUUUGUUGACGUGUGGCCGUUGAACCUCCUGAGGCCAGACAACGUGGCCUACGUGGACACGUGCUCCCUCUUCCUGCUGCAGCUGGCCUGUGUGCUGCACAUGUCGCACGCGUGGCACCAGGCCAGGCUUCGGCUCUUCCUGUGCGUGGAGACUGGCAGCUGCCUGGAGGAAGCCAAGGAGAAGCUGCAGAGGAUGCUGAAGGACCUGCGCAUCACCGCGGACGUCUACACCGUCCCCUGGGACCACGUGGUCGGCCUACACGGCCUGAGGAAAAUGCAUGGUGGUGGGCAGAUCCCAAAGAUGGCCGCCGAAGAUGGCAAAGCUCAGUCCAGCCCAGAGGUUAAUGAUGGCGGUGCUGCUGCUGCUGCUGCAGAGUGCGUGCAGCAGAACUUCCCCAGUAACACCACGCUGCUGUCUGACGACUUCCUUUGCGCAGUGAACCUACUGAUUCGUGAGAAUGGGGAUCCUCCCCCCGCCGUGCGUUUCCUAUAUCUCCCUCGACCACCAGCAGACACGCGCCGCUAUUCCUCUUACCUGCACCAGCUGGACCUGCUGAGUCAGGACCUGGGGCCCACUUUACUUAUUCACGGUGUUACCCCUGUUAUCACCACUGCUCUGUAGAUAUGGCUAUGCCCUUGACCAAAUUUGGGGAGGAAAAAAAUCAGGAAUUUUAUGUGACGUUUGCCUUUUUUGGGCAGUCAUCAUGGGUAAGUGGUUAGGGUGUCAGACUUGUAUCUCAAAGGGUAAUUAGCCAGUGCUCUCCCCCAUCCUCCUCCAUCACUGAGGUACGCUGACUAUGGUACUGCCCCGCCGCACUGCUCCCUUGGGUUGGCAUUGGGGGCUUCCCCUUGCACAGGAGAGAUAUCAGAGUUUCUGGGCUUUCAAGCCUUCACUUUCUGCCCUCCACAGUUGAAAUUGUCUGAUGUCUGACCAUUUUGUCUUGUGUGUUUAAUAAAUAAAUAUGUAUUGUUUGGCAUAA